AUGGCCAGUGCAUUAGCUACAAAAAGCCGCCCUUGUUGCCUGUUGUGUAAACAAUUAGGAUUAUUUUCCUAUUCAUCAAUACGUUCAUCGUCGUUAUCAAGCAAAAAGAGCACAGUGACUGUAACCGAUGAUUUUCGAGCAUCUAAACCAAGAGGACAAAUUAAAGGAAUUGAUUUGUUAAGAAAUCCAGCUUUGAACAAAGGAAUGGCAUUUACACUGGAAGAACGGCAACAUAUGGGUAUUCAUGGUCUGUUGCCCUCUGCAGUACUGUCUCAGGAUAUUCAAGCAAUGAGAGUGAUGAUUAAUUUUCACCAUGACUUAGAUCGUUAUUCUGAGCUCAUGAAUUUAUGUGAAAGGAAUGAAAAAUUAUUUUAUCGAGUUAUUGCAGAUAAUUUAGAUGAAUUGUUACCAAUAGUUUAUACACCUACCGUAGGCCUAGCUUGUCAGAAAUAUGGUCUUGUAUUCAAACGGCCAAGAGGUUUAUUCAUUACCAUUCAUGACAAAGGUCAUAUCUACGAUGUGCUUUGCAACUGGACUGACCAACAUGUGAAAGCGAUUGUCGUAACAGAUGGAGAGCGCAUUUUGGGUUUGGGAGAUCUAGGAGCAUCUGGAAUGGGUAUACCAGUAGGGAAAUUACAGUUAUAUACAGCUAUAGCUGGUAUUCCUCCUGAACAUUGCUUACCAAUUAUGCUUGAUGUGGGUACUAACAACGAAGAAAUAUCAAAUAAUCCAUUGUACAUUGGUUUACGACAAAAGCGUGUCACUGGUAAAGAAUACGAUGAAUUUAUGGAUGAAUUCAUGGAUGCUGUUGUACAACGAUUUGGUUGGAAUUGUUUGAUACAAUUUGAAGAUUUUUCUAGUAAUAAUGCGUAUCGUCUAUUGGAAAAAUAUCGACAGAAGUAUUGCACAUUUAACGAUGAUAUUCAAGGUACAGCUGCAGUUGUACUUGCUGGAUUGUUCGGUGCACUACGAAUAACUGGAAAGAAAUUACAUGAAAAUACUUACUUAUUUGUUGGAGCUGGACAGGCUGCAUGUGGGAUAGCUGAUUUGAUUACAACUGCAAUGGUAAAAGAAGGUACAUCAACUGAAGAAGCAAGAAGUAAAAUUUGGAUGUACGAUGUACAUGGUUUAAUUGUUGAAGGACGACCUCAAAGGGAUAUAAAAGGUCCCAAAGCCUCAUAUGUAAAAAAAGGCAAACCAAUUAAAGAUUUAGCAGCUGUCAUUGGACAUGUUAAACCAUCCGUUAUGAUGGGCGCAAGCGGUGUUGCUCGUUUAUUUCAUGAGGGUGUACUUCGAAAAAUGGCACAAAUCAAUGAAAGACCGAUUAUAUUCGCCCUGUCCAAUCCAACGAGUCGAGCAGAGUGUACUGCAAGUCAGGGAAACAACGCUUAUAUUUUUCCUGCUAUUGCACUAGCUGUUGUUGCUUGUUCAGCAAGACAUGUCGAAGAAGAUAUGUUUUUCUUAGCGGCACAGCAUCUUGGAGCCCUGGUGAGUCAAGAGGAUCUUGAUUCUGGACGCGUAUAUCCACCCAUUUCAACCAUACAAGAAGUAACAGUCAAAAUCGCCACUAAACUUGCUGAAUGGUUAUAUGAAACAAAAAGAGCUUGGAACUACCCGGAACCAUUGGAUAAAGAAGCGUUUAUUCGAAUGCAAUUGUACGAUACUUCUUACGAUUACUUUGGACCAAACACUUGGAAAUGGCCCGAAGACGCAACAAAACCACGGAAUGUACCACAAUUGGACGACGAAGCAUGGAUACCAUCUUAA